AUGUCUCUCCCGAUUCUCUCCUCGCAGCCGUUCCCUCAUCCGACCACCCCCGCCAUCCCUCUCUACUCGCGGACAGGAGGUUCGACGUGUGCAAGGAAAUCACAACGACAGGCUAUUCCGGAGCUCUCUGAUCGUAACUGGACUGCUCCUCUUCGGGACGGUCUACCUACUCCCCCUAGCGACAUGAACGGGGUGGCCUACAACAGCAUUCCACCUGCCAACUAUGGAAUUACACUUCCUUCGUACGCAAAACCGCCUGCAUACUCCCGUAUCAAUUCUGGCUCCUCGACUGGCAUAGUCCCUUCAGCCUCAGCAAACCAUUCGAAGAGCCAGCCGCUGCUGCACGAUGCUCCCGCCUCUGAACCCAGUUACCAGAAGAAAGACUAUACCAAUUCCGUGGCUUCCUACUUAACAGUCCCGCCAUCUAUCAACAAUAGCAAAGGGAGUCUGACUGAAUUCGCUGCUCAGAUGACAUGUCUAUUCUGGUUCGAAAGCACUGCGAAGUUGCGGGCCAUUGAGGAACACCUGAAUCCUGUCCUCUCCCUUGUUCCCGAAGCAAUCCCCUCCGCCGGUUUCCAAAAAUGGGUGACGAAUAUUCUCUCGACGACGCAAGUCAGCCACAAUGUGAUCCUCCUAGCGCUGCUAUUCGUUUAUCGAUUGAAGAAGUUCAAUUCCGGUGUCCGAGGGAAGAAAGGCAGUGAAUAUAGACUGGUGACUAUCGCACUAAUGUUGGGGAACAAAUUUCUUGAUGAUAAUACAUACACGAAUAAAACAUGGGCUGAAGUUUCCGGGAUUUCCGUGCAAGAAAUACAUAUUAUGGAAGUGGAGUUUCUUAGCAACGUUCGAUAUAAUCUCUUUGUUUCCGAAGAGGAAUGGACUCAGUGGCAUGUCAAACUCGGACUCUUCGCGGAUUUCAACAAUGCACUCGUUGCCCCGGAAAAGAACGGUUCACCUACCCCAGUGCUUCGUAUCUCGCCCAGUGUGGGCCCAUCACCUCGAAUGCAAGCGUCGCCUACCUCCAAACUACCUUCUCCACCUGCUGUGGAUUCUCUACAUGCUUCCACUUGGAACUUACCAGUGAACCUUUCGGCCUACUCGAAUGCCCCUCAGUUUAGCAAUGAAAUCCCUCAGGUAAACUCUCGGAAGCGCUCUCGGGACGAGCAAGUUGGAGAAACCCCGUCAAAGAGGAUGGCAAUUCCGAAUGCCAUUCCUACUCCCACGUCGACGCUACCUCCAUCGUCGGCCCUAACUGGGCUGUCGGCUUUGCCUCCUGUCCUAACGCCAGUGUCGGCACCCUCCACAGCUUCAGCAGUGGCUGUUUCUCGACUUCCGCGUCCCAGUUUCCCUUCCUUCUCUCACAACCUGAACCCGAGCAUUCCGGCAUCCGUGCCUCAAAUCACCCCUUCUACCAGCCGAGCUAUACCGCCACUCUACAACCCCAACUGGGCUUCUCAAGUCUCCCCAUCGACGGGCAUGCCUCCUGUAACCUGUGGUUUGUACAACAACUCGCUCUCGCUGCCAGACCCUGCCAGGCAGCACAAUAGCCCGUUCGGCGUAUCGUCAGCCACCGUCUCACCAGCCAUAUCUGCGUAUUCCAUGCAUACGCCCCAGACGAAUCUGUCACCGUCGUUCUUCCUGGCGAACCGGAACUCGCCGUACAGGCCAGUGCGUAAUGUCAACACUCUUCUGAUCCCGCCCCCGUCAACUUUCCAACAACAGCGCAGUGUUCCAUUUGAUCAUAUGCACUACCAGCCGCUAGGGAAGACUGCGGCAGAGCGAAAGACUGGUUUAUUGCCUUAUCUUCACAGUGAAGCUUGGCCACAGGGGUCUUUUCUUCCUGCAUUUCAUGUUACCCCGAACUACUCGAAUUGA